GAGUUUGUCUUCUUCAGUUACACAUUCGCCGGGCGGGAUUUCCGCAUUAAUAUCCAGUAUGGCGAAAACGUACGAUUAUUUGUUCAAAUUACUCUUAAUUGGCGACUCUGGCGUGGGAAAAACCUGCGUCCUGUUCAGGUUUUCAGAGGACGCAUUCAACUCCACGUUUAUUUCCACGAUAGGCAUCGAUUUUAAGAUUAGGACGAUAGAGCUGGACGGGAAGAAGAUAAAAUUACAAAUAUGGGACACAGCAGGACAGGAGCGCUUCCGAACUAUUACAACUGCAUAUUAUAGAGGAGCAAUGGGCAUUAUGCUUGUCUACGACAUCACCAAUGAGAAGUCCUUUGAAAAUAUCAAGAACUGGAUCAGGAACAUAGAAGAGCAUGCAUCAUCUGACGUUGAGAAGAUGGUUCUUGGGAACAAGUGUGACAUCAAUGACAAGCGGCAGGUUUCCAAAGACAGAGGAGAGAAGCUUGCUCUAGAAUAUGGGAUCAAAUUCAUGGAGACCAGUGCGAAAGCAAACAUUAAUGUGGAAAAUGCCUUUCUGACACUCGCCAGAGACAUCAAAACAAAAAUGGACUCAAAAUUGGAGGGUAAUACUCCCCAGGGCAGCAGUCAUGGAGUGAAGAUCUCGGAGCCGCAGAAAAAGACCAGUUUCUUUCGCUGCACCCUCCUCUGAGGCUCUGUCUCUGACGGGGCUCUGUCUCUGACGGGGCUCUGUCUCUGACGGGGCUCUGUCUCUGACGGGGCUCUGUCUCUGACGGGGCUCUGUCUCUGACGGGGCUCUGUCUCUGACGGGGCUCUGUCUCUGACGGGGCUCUGUCUCUGACGGGGCUCUGUCUCUGACGGGGCUCUGUCUCUGACGGGGCUCUGUCUCUGACGGGGCUCUGUCUCUGACGGGGCUCUGUCUCUGCAGCUGGACUUUGACUGUAACAGACUGUGCUCGCUUCAGCACUUCUUCCUGUCCUCCAUCCACGGUCUGUCCCCUUGUCCAAAACACGGGGCACUUUCUGUUUCUUCCACUUUUUAAGCUUCCAGCAACAGUUCUCUUCCAACAGGAUUCACAGGGGCGAACUGCUGAACUGUGGACUAUAUAUAUGACAUUGUCCUAAGAGUUGACAGCAUUGAAACCAGGCAAUUCUUUGUUUUCAUAUUGCACAGGCACAUUGUUGACUCAUUUAGAGAGAGGGAAAGUGCAAAUAGCAGUUGUGGGAUCUCAAUAUAAAUGUAGUAUCUAUUUUUAUUAGUGCUCUUUCCCUUAGUAUGUGAUAUAGGUCAGGCAGAGACGGAUGGCUCAAAGUUCAGUUAAGCGAAGCGGAUUAUAAUCAUUGAAAAUUAUCUGUAACAGUUUCAGUUAUUUGCAAUAAGACAUAGUUCAAACUUUUCACUCCUUAAAGACAUUGACAGAAAAAUUGAGAUGCUCUGAUUGUGUGUAGCUAAAUGAAGUCUCUGCUCUUCUGACAAACAUUCAAGUCACUGUAGGCCUCUGCUUCAGGCUCCUCGCAGCUGUGCACUUUACCUGUGUUUGUGUAGUCUGUGCCAAGUGUAGUGCAACAAUGAGCGUCUUAGCAAAGGAGCAAAGGGGGAUGAUCGCAUAUACUUGGGAGUGUUUCAGGCAAUUUUAUUGCACAUAUUUAAAAACGUGAUAAUCUUUGCUGUGCUAUUUAUCCACUGUCCUGGUAUUCAUUUACAAAAUACCCCACUCAAAAAAUUGUGGUGAUUAGAUUAGAAUGAAGAGCUCCUGGUCUGCAGCAGUCAGGAUCUUUAGAGUAGUUGAAAGAAGUAAAACCGCUGUAGCUCAGAGUAGCUUAUUUGCGGCUGCAGUCGGUCAUAAUGCAUGACAUAACAUGACGAACAAUGAUGACCAAUAACAAGCUGGUGGUCAUAUUGUUAUGCCUAGUCUGUGUAUACUGCAUCACCCAUGAACAUGGCACCCUUAACAUAUAUAUACUUUUUUUUUUUUUUUUUUACUACUGUCCUGCCAAAGUAUAAUUUGUAUUUUAUUAAUCAAACCCAAGGCUUCAGAACAAUUGUAUUAGUAUUGGCAUAGAUUUUUUUGCGGCUUUAGGUGGCACAAUAGAGGAGCUCUAACAUGUGACCACCCAAACAAACAAGUCAGUAUUCAGCCUGUCUUUUGAACCUAAACUAUUUGCUAUAUAAAUGUCUUAAUAUUUUUCUUUUCUUUAAUUAUUAAGCUCUUAAAUGCACAAACGUCAAUGGGAAAUUUGCUCUUGUCUGUUUUAUUUGGGACCUCAUCACUAUACAACCAUUUGUCUUAACACGUCAGUUCAGUCUUUGGUGAGCUAUGCAUCGUGAAUCAUGGACCUGUGCAUUUUUCUGUCUAUUAUAGUCAUUUAUUUCAACCUGUACAGUUUAAUGUAUGGGAUGUUUGUUGUUAAUUCUGAGGCAAAGGCAGGACUGCAUUGUGACACCUGUGCAGGUUAAAACUCGCAUAAAUCAUAAAGUAGGAAUAUUUAAGCGGUGUUGGUAGAGUUAUUGAUUUGCAGUGGUGUAGCAACAAGCCUUCAGAAAUGUGAGAGCAAGUUAGAACUAUAUUGUGCUAUGAAGAGAAAGGUCGUUUUGGCAUUACAAAGCUGAAUGACUUUGUUAACUCUAUGCCUGUCAAAAGAUGGAGGAAGGAAAUAACUAAUUAAUAAUGCCUGUCCAAAUAAUGAAGAUUUAUAGCUGAAUGGAGUUGAAAACCUGUUUUUGUCAAAUUUUAAAUGAGGGUUUAGCUAUGGGUUUAUAGCCUUCUAAUGGAUUGUCCACAUAGUUCAAAAUUGUCCAUAAUAGUCCUAACUACUGCAUUACAUAAUAAUUGCAGUUGCUUCCUAUUAUUUCUCAGAGAAGAAUUUGAAUUAAAGAUUUAGAACAUAAUGCUUUGGAUGUGUUCUGAAUUUGUGUAGAAAUCUGGAAAAUUGCUGUUAAUCUAGUUGCCAACUUUGUAAUCCCACUGAUCAGGACUAUAAAUCUGUUCAGGUACCUUCAUCAUAGUACAGGCCAGGGGAUAUGUUUUAUCAUUUGCAAUCCUCCUUUUUUUGUUAAACCAUUAUUUUAUUGCAAUUCAUCAACUUGCUCUUGUUCUCAAUCUUAAGUCAUAACUAUAACUGUCUUUCUAUCGGUUGUCAAGUACAAAGGGGGAGCAACAUUGUAAAUACCACACUGACAAUAAGAUCUACCUAAACUGUACUGUACUUUGUAAACCCAUAUCGAAAUGUAUCUACUCUUUGUAGAUAUAUGUACUUUUGAUUUAAUAAAAUAAGAAUAUUUUAAAA